GCUAUUUUUUGUUUGUGGGCUAGGUAGGAAAUUGGUGGAUAGUGAAAUUACUAAGGAUGAGAAAUGGCUGGCAAACAUAAUGAGGAAGCGCGUUUCGGCUACGGACGGACCAACUACUUCGAGUCGGGCCCGAAAGAGCUGCCCAGAGAACCCCCUUACACAGCUUUCAUCGGAAACUUGCCCCUGGCGGUAGUUCAGGGUGAUAUAGAGCGAAUCUUCCGAACUCAGAAGAUUCGCAGCAUACGGCUGGUCCACGACAAGGAGACCGACAAAUUCAAGGGCUUCUGCUAUGUGGAGUUCGAAGACUUGGAGAGUCUGACCGACGCUUUGACUUACGAUGGCGCUUUUUUCGGAGCCAACCGGUUGAAGGUCGACGUUGCUGCAGCUCGCCGUGGUGAUCGUGCUGGCGGUGGUGGCUUUCGUGGCGGUCGUGGCGGUGGCGCCGAUGGAGCAAGAGGUAUGGAAUUUAUUCCAGGCGGCGGAGGCGGUGGUGGAGGAGGCAAUUUCCGUGGAGGCGGUGGUGCAGGUCGUGGAAGAGGCGGUGGUGGCGGUGCGGACGACUUUGGUCGCGGACGUGGAGGCGGCGGCGGAGGUGGAGGAGGCGGAGGAUUCAGUGGGUUUCCUCCUGGCGGCGGCGGCGGCGGAGACCGUUUCGGUCAGUCGGGCCGGGGACGAUUCGAAGACCGCGGAGGACGAUUUGGUGACAUACAGGGUGGACGCCGGGGUGGCGGACCAUCAGGUGGCGACUUCAUGCAAAAGCGACGCCCUGCAGCUCCUGUGGAGGAACCACCAGAGGUUUCCAGCGGUGGUCCUCCUGCUGCCCUUGAUGAGUCGCGGCCGAAGCUGAAGCUGUUGCCACGUUCUGUGAAGGACCCUGUGAACCAGCUGGCGGAUACAACUCAACGGAGCACCUUAUUCGGUGGGGCCAAGCCAAGGGAUGAGAAAAUUUGGGAGGACAGGCGUAAGAAAGAUUCGGAAUCGUCGGAUAAAGGUGGAGGUACGGCUUAG